GAUGGCAAAGAAUCCAGCAAAAGACAAGAAGAUUCUAAGGAAAGGAGGGUGGAGCGCAGAAGAAGAUGAGAAGUUGAUAGCAUACAUUAGCAGAUAUGGCAUUUGGAAUUGGAAUGAAAUUCCAAAACAUGCCGGUUUGUCAAGGACAGGAAAGAGUUGUCGACUUCGAUGGCUGAAUUACUUAAGGCCUGGUAUAAAGCGAGGAAACAUCACCAGAGAAGAAGAAGAAAUCAUUGUCAAGUUGCACAGCAUUCUGGGAAAUCGGUGGGCAGCAAUUGCAGCAAAACUGCCUCAAAGAACAGAUAAUGAAAUAAAAAACUAUUGGAAAACCCGCAUUCAGAGAAGGAACAGGGAUUUUUGUUCGAAAAUCGAACCCCCAGCAGAAAGUGAAGACAAGUACUACGCGGCUGAAGUAAAGCCGCAGAAAAAUAAUGUUUCUGAAACCGAUUCCUCAUUUCCGAAUUCCUUGUCACAGUUACCAGAAACGGAAGAAUCACCAGACUCUACCACAUAUGAUCAUCUCCCUUCCUUUUAGCAGUAGCCAAGCUGUGCCAAUUGAAAGAGUUGAGGCAGCAGAAGAUAACCAGGUUGGAUCGUCUGAGACAUAUAAUGAAAUUGUCCACACACUGGCAA